GCACGGCGGAGGAUGCCUUCCGCUCCUUAAAAUCCCCCUGAAGGAAAACUAAUGGCUGAUCAGGUGCUUGUGAUUGGCAGUGGAGGGAGAGAGCAUGCGCUGGCCUGGAAGUUGGCUCAGUCCCCACAUGUAAAGCAUGUGUAUGUUGCUCCAGGAAAUGCAGGAACAGCUGACAAUGGAAAAAUUUCAAAUUCAGCUGUUUCAGUCAGCAAUCAUGGUGCACUUGCCCAGUUCUGCAGAGAUCAGGAGAUCAGGCUGGUUGUGGUUGGUCCAGAGGUUCCUCUUGCUGCUGGAAUUGUUGAUGACUUGACAGCAGCUGGAGUAAGGUGUUUUGGUCCAACAGCAAAGGCAGCUCAGCUGGAGUCCAGUAAGAGCUUUACCAAAGCCUUUUUGGAUCGUCAUGAGAUCCCAACUGCGAGAUGGAAAUCUUUUAGUGAUCCUAAAGCAGCAUGUAGUUUUAUUAACAGUGCAAACUUCCCUGCUUUAGUUGUAAAAGCUAGUGGCCUGGCAGCUGGCAAAGGAGUAAUUGUGGCUUCAAACAAGGAAGAAGCCUGCAAAGCUGUUACUGAAAUCAUGCAGGAUAAGACUUUUGGCACAGCUGGGGAAACUGUUGUUGUUGAAGAACUUCUUGAAGGAGAAGAAGUUUCUUGCUUAUGUUUCACUGAUGGUGUCACAAUUGCUCCCAUGCCUCCGGCCCAGGACCACAAGCGAUUAAUGGAUGGAGAUGAAGGGCCUAACACUGGAGGGAUGGGAGCUUAUUCCCCAGCACCUCAGAUUUCUAAAGAUUUACUGGAGAAAAUAAGAGAUACUAUUCUUCAGAAAACUGUUGAUGGCAUGAGGAAAGAAGGUGUCCCCUAUUUUGGUGUGCUUUAUGCUGGAUUAAUGCUUACCAAAGAUGGACCUAAAGUUCUUGAGUUUAACUGCAGAUUUGGUGACCCAGAAUGUCAGGUAAUUCUUCCACUGUUGAAAACUGAUUUGUAUGAAGUUAUGCAAGCGGUUAUCAAUAAAAAGUUGUCUAGUUCCAUGCCAGUUUGGUUUGAAGACAGUGCAGCUGUGACAGUGGUCAUGGCUAGUGAAGGGUAUCCAGGAACAUAUCCCAAGGGUUUGGAAAUAACAGGACUUCCUAAGGCUAAGCAACUAGGAUUGGAGGUGUUCCAUGCAGGCACAGCCCUGAAGGAUGGCAAAGUGGUGACUAGUGGAGGAAGAGUCCUUACAGUAACUGCUAUUAAAGAGGAUCUAAUGACAGCACUGCAAGAAGCCAACAAGGGAGUAGCAGCCAUACACUUCAAGGGUGCCAUUUAUAGAAAGGACAUUGGUUAUCGGGCUAUAGCUUUCCUGAGACAACCCAGAGGCCUGACUUACAAAAAUAGCGGGGUAGACAUUGCAGCAGGGAAUACUUUGGUUCAGAAAAUUAAACCCCUGGCUGCAGCCACAUCAAGGUCAGGCUGCAAUGCAGAACUUGGAGGAUUUGCUGGCCUCUUUGAUUUGAAAGCAGCUGGUUAUGAAGAUCCCAUCUUGGUAUCUGGAACUGAUGGUGUUGGCACAAAACUCAAGAUUGCACAAGCAUGUAAGAAACAUGACACCAUAGGUCAGGACCUGGUUGCCAUGUGUGUCAAUGACAUCUUGGCUCAAGGAGCGGAGCCCCUCUUCUUCCUUGACUAUUUUGCCUGUGGCAAACUUGAUGUUGAAGUGGCUGAGGGUGUCAUUGCAGGAAUAGCUGAAGCUUGCAAAAAAGCAGGAUGUGCUCUUUUGGGAGGAGAAACUGCUGAAAUGCCAGGCAUGUAUCCACCUGGAGAGUAUGACCUGGCUGGCUUUGCUGUUGGUGCAGUGGAGCGAGGGCAGAUGCUGCCCCAGCUGGAGAGAAUUGCUGAUGGAGAUGUGGUUAUUGGAGUAGCUUCUUCUGGGGUUCACAGCAAUGGGUACAGUCUUGUAAGGAAGAUUGUGGAAAAGUCAUCGUUCGAUUUCUCUUCUCCAGUUGGUGUCUCCGGUGAUCAGACAUUAGGAGAUCUCUUGUUAACCCCAACUAAAAUCUACAGUAAGACUCUGUUGCCUGUCCUUCGCUCAGGCCAUGUGAAAGCCUAUGCCCACAUCACUGGAGGGGGCUUGCUGGAAAACAUCCCCAGAGUUCUCCCAGAGUCCUUUGGUGUCAUUUUAGAUGCUCUUACCUGGAAGAUUCCUGAAAUCUUUUGCUGGCUCCAUAAAGAAGGGAACCUCUCUGAGGAGGAAAUGACUCGGACAUUUAAUUGUGGGAUCGGUGCUGUCUUGGUAGUUCAGAAGGAGCUGGCUCAGCAGGUCCUCAAGGACAUACAGAGACACGAGGCAGCCUGGCUGAUCGGGAAAGUUGUCUCCCUACAAAAAGGCUCUGCCCAUGUUAAAGUCCAUAAUCUGCUUCGAGCCUUGCAAGCAAAUAGGUCCCUGUCUGUGCACAGCCAUAUCCAAGGCAAAAUCCAAACAAACAAAGUGAAGGUUGCUGUCCUUAUCUCUGGAACAGGCACAAACUUGGAAGCCCUCAUAAAUAGCACAAAGAAGCCCACCAGUUUCGCACAAAUAGUUCUUGUUGUUUCUAACAAAGCUGGUGUGGAGGGGUUAAGGAAAGCUGAAAGAGCUGGUAUUCCUACAAGGGUUAUUGACCAUAAAUUGUAUGAAAGUCGCACUGAAUUUGACAGUGCAGUUGACAAAGUCCUUGAAGAAUUCUCAGUUGAACUGAUCUGUCUGGCUGGAUUUAUGCGAAUACUGUCAGGUCCUUUUGUCAAAAAAUGGGAAGGAAAAAUAUUGAACAUCCACCCAUCUCUACUGCCUUCUUUUAAGGGAGCAAAUGCCCACAAAUUGGUGUUACAAGCUGGAGUCCGAGUCACAGGCUGUACUGUACACUUUGUAGCUGAGGAAGUUGAUGCUGGAGCAAUCAUUUUCCAAGAGGCAGUUCCAGUUAAGGUUGGUGACACGGUGGAGACCCUGUCCGAAAGGGUGAAGGAGGCCGAGCACCGGGCCUUCCCAGCUGCUCUGCAGCUUGUCGCCAGCGGGGCCGUACAGGUGGGGGAAGCUGGCAAGAUCUACUGGAAGUAGGAGCAGCGUGUCCGCCAACGUCCUCAGAUGGGAGAGCUGGGGUGCCUUAAUUGAUCAAAACUGAGGUCACAGCCUAAUAACACACAUGCUCUAUUCUCUUCACAAAGUGUCCUCAACAUAGAGUUUACCGUGUCAUGUUCUCACUCAAAUGGUUAAAGAUUCAAAGUAAAAUCCGGAGAAAGCCACAAACAGGAAUACUAAGGCAGGGGGCUGUUCUCAGUAGUUUCAGCAAUGGCUCUGUUACAUGCUUCCUAAUUAUAAUCACUUCCUUGGCCAACAUUUCGGUUCUCAAUCACUUUCUUAGCACAAAAAAAACCCUAUUCAGUUGGUUACAGAGAGAUCUGAGCAGCUCUGAGAUUAAUUUAGGAACAUCAGUAUUACUCUCUAACAGACCAUACAGGCUGUAACAGGGGAUCCUCUUUUCAUAUGCUGUGAAGUGUUUGUGAGGAAAAGUAAUGGAACUAGUAAAAUGGAAGAGACAGCUAAAGGCAAAAAACUAAAAACCUCCAGCCAAAACAAGAAAAGCUAGCCUCCCAAAACACUAACUAUUCCUGCACAUAGUAAAAUGGAUUUUUUUCCAUACAGUUUCUGUUUUAAUGGUGGUAGAUCUUGUGUGGCCCAGAUUCUGGACAUAUCCCGUAAUUUCAAAUAUUGGACCUACUAUCAAUCAGAUGCUAA